CAAAAACGUCAUCUCCUUUUAAUGUCAGGUUACCAGUAUACCGUUUAUUGUUUCCAACUGCUUCUGGAAAGGAUUGCUGUGUUUUAGUAGAACUGACUAGGCUGUGGGAGUGAAUGAGGGAGGGGUGAAGAGAACAAGAGUGCGAGAGAGUAAGAGUGGGAAGUUACAGUGCUCCAUUAUUACUUUCUUCUUUCCCUCCCUGAUAUGACCAAGUUAGAGGGAAAGAAUCAUGGGAACUGCUCUCAGCACUGCUCAAUAGCCAUUACCAGCACAGGACAUCUCAAGUGGAUAUACAUUUUCAGGACCACCAAGUAAACGUUGACAACAACACAGCAGGUGGAAAAUGAGAACUAAAAGCAGUGAGCCGACCAAUGGGGUGCUGGGAAUGCCACAAGGUGACCGUGACAUCAGCCAAGAGCAAGAUGUGUCUGUUGCUGUGAAAAACAUGAAGGCCAAAGCUCACCAGAAGGAAGGAGAAGAUAAUACUGAGGUGACAUUCAACAAAAAGAAGGCAGUGAUGGAAUCUAAUGCAGGAGAAAAAGGUGGUGCUGUCAUGAACCUGUCCAGAAAGGAUCUGCUCACACUGCUGGGGAUUAUGGAAGGAGAGAUUCAGGCAAGAGAAGAUUUUAUCGGCAUGCUCAAGUCCAAAGAAACUCCCCAGGUGACUAUUGUACCAGCAGACAGCUGUGCAUCAGGUAGCUCAGCCUUCCAGGCGCUACAGAGGGACAGCCUCAUCACAGGCACACCACCACACACCCACAGUAUGUCCCAAAAGCCGAUGAUUGAGCUGGAGCGCCUGCAGGAGAAGCACAUGGAGACAUACAGGCGGAUGCUGGGUCAGCUGCUGCUCGCUGAAAAGUGCCACCGUCGUACUGUCCAUGAGCUGGACAGCGAAAAGCGCAAACAUGUCGAUUACAUGAACAAGAGUGACGACUUCACCAAUCUCCUAGAGCAAGAGAGAGAAAGAUUAAAGAGGCUGCUUGACAACGAAAAAGCGUACCAGGUGAAAAAGGAGAAGGAGCACUCCAAACGUCUAGCAAAGGUGCAAGAGGAGCUGGUGAAAUUGAAAUCCUUUGCCCUAAUGUUGGUCAAUGAGCGCCAACAACACCUGGAGCAAAUGGACCAACAGACUCAGAGGGUCCAGGAACUGAGCCAGCAGCUUAAGCAGCAAGGGAAGCUACUGAAUGAAGCCAAGGAGCAUGCGCAGGAGGAUGCCCACAGGGUUCUGGGCUUAGAGGCUGAGCUUAAAGAGAAAACUGUCACACUCGCUCAGCAGCAUGAAGAGAUGAACACUAAGCUUGCCAGUCAGGAGCUCCUCAACCGUCAACUCAAUUCAAAAAUUGUAGGGCUUUUGCAAACAGUGGAUGAGAUGGAGCAGAGCAAUAAGGCCUUGAAGAAAUCUGAAGAAGUGCAGGAGAGUGGGGACAAAAUGGGCCAUAGAGAGUGUGCAAACUCUAACUUAAUUACUGAACUAGAGAAUUUAAGAAAGCGUGUUCUGGAGAUGGAAGGAAACGACGAGGAGAUCACUCGAACUGAAAAUCAGUGCAAGGAGCUCAGGACGAAGCUAGAGGAGGAGAAUAACAAAAGUAAAGAACUUCGGAUCGAGGUGGAGAAACUUCAGAAAAGAAUGAUAGACUUAGAGAAACUUGAAGGUGCUUUUACCUUAAAUGAGACAGAGUCUGCUCAGUUGUAUGCUGCUUUAGAAAGAGAGAAGGGUCUGACCAAAGAGCUUUCCGAGGAAGUUGUGACACUCAAGAUCCGAAUGAAAGAGCUUGAGUCCUCUGAACUCAAGUUAGAAAAGUCUGAGCUCAACCUGAAGGACGAUUUAGGUAAACUGAAGUCAUUGACUGUAGCUUUAAUGGAUGAACGCAAGGCUUUGGUGGAAAGAAUGACGUGUGAUGAAAAGAAAAAGGAGGAUUUGACUAAGAUGGUCAAAGAUGAGCAGAGUAAGGUUAUGGAGGUGACAGAGAAACUGAUAGAUGAAAGCAAAAAACUCUUGAAGUUCAAAUCAGAAAUGGAAUCAAAGGUCGAUAGUCUGACAACAGAAAAGAGGGACCUCAACACUAAACUUGCAUAUGAAACCGAUAAAACAAAGGAUCUUCUUUUAAAGGUUAGUCAAAUGAAGAAAAGGAUGGAUGGGUUGGAGCAAGCAGAAAGACUGUCCGCAAACAAAUUGGCAGCAACUGAUGCUGGAAAAAGAGAAGAUAACAAAAUAAAAGAGCUAACCUUUGAGCUUGAGCGCUUAAGAAAUCGCCUUAAGCAGCUUGAAGUGGUUGAGGGAGACCUGAUCAAAACAGAAGAUCAGUAUGAUAUUUUGGAGAAAAGGUUUAUAACAGAGCAAGACAAAGCUAACAUACUUUCCCAGCAAGUGGAGGCCAUGAGGAGCCAGAUAGCACGGAACAAAGCGAUUGAGAAAGGAGAGGAAGACAGCCAGGAGGAAGACCUGCGACAACGAUACAAGAGAGAGGAGGCCAAAACCAGGGAGAUGCAGGCGGAUGUUGUAGCUCUAAAGGAAAAAAUACAUGAGCUUAUGCACAAGGAAGACCAGCUUUCUCAACUGCAAGUGGAUUACUCAGUUCUACAGCAAAGGUUCUUUGAAGAGGAAGAGAAAGCCAAGAGCAUGGGCAUCGAAGUUCUCCAUCUGACCAAAGAACUGGAGGUAGCAAAGCGUCACAGUCGUGCACUAAGGCCAAGUCUGAAUGGUAGGAGAAUGGUGGAUGUUGCUGUCACAUCCACUGGAGUGCAGACUGAGGCAUUGUCCAAUGGACCAACAGAGGAAGAUACUCCAGCUGGUUUUAUCAGAAAAUCUGUUCAAGAAGAGAAUCACAUCAUGAACAAUAUAAGGCAAAAGAGCCUGAAGAAGCCAGCAGAAAAGAACGGUGCUAUUGAUCGUUCCUCUUCAUCUGGAAGUGAUCUCAGUAUUAAGAAAUCCUGGAUUCCUUGGAUGAGGAAGAAAGAUAAUUCACAAGAAAGUAGCCUGGAAAAAACACAUAGUGGAAAUGCAAAUUUGACGAUGUCCCACAAGCAAGGGCAGCCUUUACACAUCCGGGUGACACCGGACCACCAAAACAAUAUGGCCACACUUGAAAUCAGUAGCAACACUGUUGAGGACGUUUUCUCAACAACAGCUCCACUAAAUACUAACCAAUUACAAGCUAAAUCCAGAAUUACAAUCAUUCCAACACAUUCUGCUACGGUUCGGGGAAAGUCCACCAAUGGACCACAGGGUCCAGAAAGAACCAAAUCUCCAGUCACUAUCACAACUAUUUCCAGAGCUAAGUCCCCAGACAGCAGCCAAGCUUCAUGUCCUACUUCAGGCAGGCCAAUGUCUCCUGUCACCAUCAUGACAGUAAGCACUUCGCCAGUGCCUGAUGCAGCUUCCUCCCCAGAAGAGAUGACCAUGGGCCGGGCUGUCUUCAAGGUUACCCCUGAAAAGCAGAUGGUCCCAGUGUCUAUAAGAAAGGGUCAAAAUAGCACAAGCAUUAUCACCACUGACGAUAACAAAAUACAUAUUCAUCUAGGUAAUAAUCUGACCCCAAAGGUGUUAGCCAGACCAGUGUCUUCUGUAACUGAGAGCAAGGAACUGACAUUGUCUACAGGGACAGUGUUACGCUCACCUCGCCAAAUUACCACAACUCGGACCACACAAAACAAAGUGAUGAGCACUAUUACCAUUUCUCCUGUUGCUCCAACUGCUACCAGAUCCACACAAAGCAUGUGUGGGCAUGAUUCCCAGGCCCCUCGUACAGGGCUGACCCGCAUCCCAAUGUCCAAGAGCCUGAAAACAGGGAAGACAGUUCUCGGUUCCUUGGGCAUAUCGAGUGGAGUGAAGGCAGAGUCGCGAGCUGAGAGUCAGUCGAUGAGGAUAGAAGUUAAGAAAUCAGCAGUAAAUGGCAUUAAUUAUCAAAAUGGAGGCAAAGGUUGAGUAUUAAACCAAAAUACUUUAUAUGAUACAGAGACAAUAAUGCAGUGGUAUAACAAAAUGAAAGCCAAGUGAGUGUUUAGAGAUUAUAUUAGAUUUAAAACAUUAUAUUUUUUUAUAGUCAUUUAUUCUUCUCUGUUACGUAACAUGUACGCUUUUGUAAUUUACAUUGCUAAAGUGUGUGUGUGUGUGGGGGGGAAUUGUCAAAGCACUCAGCAAUUUUUCACUGAAUCACAAAUUAUGAAAAAAAAUGUAUGCAGUUUUAUUAUAGUGUAAUGUGUGUUUGAAUUUUUAUGUAAAUAAUUUGUUAUUAAACAUAUUUGAAUGAAAGCACAUAUCAAAUAUUUGUCUUUUAUCCAUGGAUUUAUUUUAGUAAGCAGACUUAUGCUGUUUUAUACACCUGUACACAUUGCAUAUAUACAUACACACAUAUCGAUGAGGGUCAUUCAAUAAGGUGAAUUUUUCAGUAUAAAGAAGCUUACUUCUUGUUUUAAAUUAUUUUAUUUUUCAACGUAGUCUCCCAGCACAUUUUCAACAUAGUGUCCCAGCACUGUCACACACUUUUCCUAUCUGUGUACAAGCUUCCGCAUUCUAUCAGGGUAAAAAUCUUUUGACUGAUGUCUCAGCCAGUCGCUCACAACACUUUUGACUUCAUCGUCACUUUCAAAUUUAGUAACCACUUUUUCAGACAUUUUUUCAGCUGAAACGUGGCAGCACCAUACCAUACCAUACCAUACCAUACCAUACCAUACCAUACCAUACCAUACCAUACCAUACCAUACCAUACCAUACCAUACCAUACCAUACCAUACCAUACCAUACCAUACCAUACCAUACCAUACCAUACCAUACCAUACCAUACCAUACCAUACCAUACCAUACCAUACCAUACCAUACCAUACCAUACCAUACCAUUUCAACUGGUUUGUACCCUUCAACAAUCAAAAACCUGAUAACUGACCACUGUUCAAUCAUGGAGCUUGCGUCUUGGUCGGCCAUCUUUGUUAAUCGGCAAAACUCUCAAAGUAUUUUGUUUAAUCAGCAAAAGAAUUUAAAUCCAUGUGAAAAAGAAGUAAAACAAAGAAACAACAACUAAAAAAAGUAAGCUUCUAUCUCUUCUAGAAGUCCUAACUCAGAAAAAUUCAAAUUAUUUAUUGAAUGACCCUUGUUUGCUUUUGGACUAAAACUUCUGAACAUUACAUACGAAAACAUUUUGAGUAAACACCAACACUAGAUGAAGACGUACAUAUUUUGAAAUUACUUAAAUAUGACUAAGACUGAUAAGUAUUAUUGUCCAAAAGACUGACAAAGGCGAAAAUUAAAAGGGCUGCUAAAACAACACUGGUAUACAUGGACAUAGAAAUGUAAUGUUUAUAAAAAUCAAAAUAUAUACAGUAAAAAUAGAUGAAAGUGUUAUAGAUUGUACCCCAAAAAUAAAAUGCAGGAUCCCUUGAUCUCAGAACUGUGAGCGGACGUGCUAAUCGCUCUUCCUCUGUGCCGCCCUUUUUUAUAAGUUAUUUGGGAGGAAAGGAUGUUUAAUUUAUCUUUGCAAAUCUAAAGUUGCACAACUAUUGUUUCUAAUUAGGCUUAAAUUUGAAUUACAUAAGGUAAGCACAUCGGUCAACUCCUGUACUAAUAGCGUACAUUUAAAACUUCAAACAUAUAAUCACUUUUGCAUAUGAAAAAAAAACAAUGAAAAAAAAAAAAAGAAACUAAUCACAAGUUAACCAUGGAUAAUGGGACAAGAAUCAAGGAUUUUGUUUUAACUAAAAGUGAGUUAACCUCUAGUUAACUAUGUAUAAAUAUGAUUUAAAAAAUUUAAAUAGCUUGACACACUAAAAUAUAGGGACAGUUUUCCUCCUGGUGGCCGAAAAAUUUCAUUGCAUUUCCCAUAGACAAGUUUCCUGAGCGAAAUUUGGGCGGCGCCAUCUUUAUAAUAAUUUCUGCUCCGAACUUACGGUUUAGACCAGUGGUGUCCAAACUAUUCCACAUAGGGCCGCAGUGGGUGCUGGAUUUCAUUCCUACAAAUCAACUCCUGGAAGCGCCUAUAUAGUAUAUAUUUGGAAGUGGAAUGUUUUGAACAGCGUCCAACUUCAAAGUGCCAGUGUGGAUCUACCUUGCCAUACGCCUUAAAUCGAAACCAGCUGCAGACAAUAAGUUAAGGAUGUGCUUUAAACCGCAGGAUCUACAUAAAAGAUUGCAUGUUUGUUAUCAUCACGUCGUUGAUCAUUUUUGGACAAAAUUAUAACAACCUGUCAGCCUGUGUUCAUGAGCUGUAGAUUGAUACGCCAGCCACUUGAGUGACCAAAAUGAGUUGAAAUUACAAAUAAUAUUACAGUUGCCGACAUAAAACAUUUGGAGAACACGAUUCCAGUUCUUGUUCUAUUUCAAUUGAUUGGUGCAUGUGCAAAACAGGUCAAUAAAUCACAAUUUAUAAAAAUCAUUAGAAAAAUAUUAACGAAGGUGGCGCAUAGUCAAGCCUUUCAUCAUCAAAGUAGAACGCAUGUAGUCUCGAUAUAUGUCCAUCGACAUACAGUUAGCGUUGUUGUGAGGCACAUCAAGUUGUCAUCCUUUGCCUAACAUCAUUUUCCACUUCAAAACAAACGUACAAAAAACUUCUAACACUUGCAUUUAUACGCUUACAUAAUUGUGCCAUCCUACAUGUACUGAUUAGCAACAGGCUAGCAACAGAUAGCAUGUGUUGCAGCCACAGCAGUACAGUAGUUGUAUUAAAUAAUAUUAAACAUCAACAAUACCAUUAACAAUAUCAAUAACAAAUAAUAACAACAAUAUAAAAAAAGAAGUCGUUCCAUGUGCAAGAUUUUACCUUUAAUACUUUUGGAGCACUGGACACAUGAAAAUGCAGGGAUAGGAAGAACAUACCUUCCAUAAUACAGCAACAUGGCUCCAUAAACACCCGGUCUUUGUGGUUGCACGGGCUUGGUUCCACAUAUGCCUUCAUGAACAUGUUGUACUCCCAUGUCGUGAUGAUGGCAGAUGGAUGCGGUAUUUCCAAAUUGUCUUUUUUAAAGGAUUUUGAUGAGUGAUGCCACUCCAGCUCCACCGUUGUUUUGGUUAGAGAAAGUGUAAAACGGAAGUCGCGAGAAGAAAUGCGGAAGUAAAGCGGAAGUAGCUCGCAAACUUGUCUAUAGCUUUAGUGAUUCCUCGCUACUUCGCGCUUCAAACUUCG